CAAGACUUGUAAUUCUUUCUCUUAGGUCUUGUUUAGUUGCCUUCAAAAUUCCAAAAUUUUACAAGAUUCCCAUCACAUCAAAUCUUUCAACGCAUGCAUGUAGUAUUAAAUGUAGCUAAACAAAAUAACUAAUUACACAGUUUGUCUAUAAUUUACGAGACAAAUCUUUUAAGCCUAAUUAAUCCAUGACGGGAUAAUAAUUACUAAAUACAAAUGAACUACAGUACUUUACACCCAAAAAUUUACACAUCUAAACAAGACCUUAGUAAAGCAGGGCCUUUGGUGUAGAAAGCUGUCAUUCACCUUGAGCUGUAGCAAGCCAAGAAGCAUCUUUUUGGCAUGACUCGUAUAGAUGAAGUGGUUGCUGCUGGGCCUAGUAUCUUUUGGCAUAAAGAAGUGGAAAAUAUCUGCUCGAAUCGAAACUAAACUACAAUGCUGCCAGCUAACAUUGACUUUGCUGAGAUAGACCAAAAGUCGUCCGAGCAUAUCGUCCUUGUCCAACGACUCACAGAACCAAAGGGAAUUCCCAUGGCCGAACCCAUCCUUGCUUCCUUGAUCCACGGCAUAGCAUCCCUGCUUACCACCGGAGUAGCCGACCAGGGACAGCGCCUCCUAGCCACAGGCCAGGAUGUACGCUGGCUCCGUGAUGAGCUCCUCAGCAUGCAGAUCUUCCUGCAUGAAAUGGAGGCGUGUGCUGGUGAUGGCGGCGCGGUCACAGAAGCAUUGGUCCACCAGAUCAGAGACAUCAUGCUUGAUUCAGAGGAUGCCAUCGAUGUCUUCGACGCUAGUCAGGUGCGCAGUUGCUGCAUCCUCGGUAACCUACAAGCACAGAGCAAAGUUGGGGCCCGAAUCAAGCGUAUCAGGAACCAGCUGAGCGACAUUGCCCGCCGUCGGUUAGAAUACCCAACCAAACCACCAGCAGGUUCCAGUGACAACUGGAUCCAUGGCCUCUUAGCCUCGUCUCCCCUGGUUCAUGACAAAGAUACUGUUGGCCUGGACAAAGACCUGAACGUGUUGCUUCAGCACACUUUGGGUGGGGAAUCAGAGCUAAGUGUCAUGUCCUUGGUUGGCAUGGGUGGUGUUGGUAAGACCACGCUUGCCAAGAAGGUGUACAACCACCCACAUGUGAAGAAGCACUUCGACCGCAGUUCAUGGGUCUAUGUUUCAAACAUGAUGGAGGUGCGAGGUGUCCUCCGUGAGAUGGCCAAGGGGCUGAUGAGGAUCCCCUCCGCAGAGGUGAGCUCUCUCAGUGAGGGGCAACUCCAAGAACUGCUCUUGUGUGGCCUCGGGGGUAUGCGAUUUUUGCUUGUGCUUGAUGAUGUCUGGGACGAAGGGCUCUGGCAGGUGAUCAAGCGGGUACUGCCUAAUAAUGGUACUGGGAGCCGGGUCCUUGUGACAACGCGUAACAUCAUCGUGGCUGAGUCGGUUGUUGAUGUGCGAAGUGAUGUCCAUCAACUUCAGCCAAUGACAUUUGAAGAUUCCUACAAUCUGUUUUGCAUAAAGGCCUUCACGAAAGAUGGGGUAUGCCCUGAUGAUCUGAAGGAGAUGGCAAAGGACAUUGUCAAGAAAUGUUCUGGUUUGCCCCUUGCUAUAGUUGCAGCAGGGAGCAUGAUGUCAAGGAAGGAAAAAACACAUACCAAAUGGAGGUGUGUCAUGGAAAACAUUCAGAAGGACCUAAACAAUGGUGACAUGGGAGUCCAGCAAGCACUGCUUUUAAGCUACAAGGAUCUUCCACACCCUUUGAAGCCAUGUUUUCUGUUGCUCUCUGUCAUACCAUAUGACUCGGAGAUCUCCCGAAAGAAACUGGUCCGGCUAUGGAUUGCAGAAGGGUUUGUGCAAGAGAAAAACAAUGAGACACUUGAAACAACUGCAGAGAAGUACCUCAUGGAGCUCAUUAACAGAAGCAUGAUAGAAGUGGCGGUCGCCAGCAGCAGUGGGAGAGUAAAAGCAUGCAGAGUUCACAAUCUUAUUCAUGAUCUUGCCAUCUCGCUGUCUGAAAAUGGGAAAUUUUCUGUCAUUUGUCAUGAUAGAUGUGCGAGUACUAGUGCUCGGCGCAUAUCAUUGCAGACAUCUGAUGUGUCAUUCCACAAAGAACACAAGAAAAGAUUACGAUCAGUUUUCAUGUUCAGCAGUAGUGCACCUGCUGUAUUGAAAAGCAAAAUUGUUGCAAAGAGCUUCGAGCUAGUAAGAAUUUUGGAUCUGGAAGAUGGCAAAGUGCUAAAACUUCCAAAAGAGAUAGGAGGACUGCUUCACUUGAGGUAUCUUGGGCUACGAGGAACAAAAGUAAAGAAGCUACCGAGAACACUGCAAAAUCUCUGUUACUUGCAAACUCUUGAUAUAAGGAAGACUCAGAUAAAAAUAAUUGCAUUUCAAAUCAAAUGCUUGAGGAAUUUAAGGAAUCUAGAGAUGAGACAAGAUGGCCAAAGCAUCAGUGUACCAAUGGGACUUGCCAAGCUUGGCAAGCUCCAGGUAUUAACUGGUUUGCAAGCAAGUGCAGCUAAUGUUCAUGAGAUUUCAAGCCUUACUAAGCUCCAAAAACUUUCCAUAGAGGACUUAAACAAUGAAGAUGCCGAAAAACUAUGUUCUUCAGUAAACAAUCUGAAUGAACUAUCAUACCUAUCCAUCUUCUCAGGUGAUGAUAUCAGACCUCUUGACAUUGCAACACUGAAGCCUUCGUCAUGUCUACAGAAAUUGCACAUAGCUGGAAAAUUGCAGACAUUGCCAGAUUGGUUUUCUCAGCUACAUAAUCUUACAAAGCUGCGCUUGAGUUUCUCAAAACUGGAAGAAGAUCCACUUUCAGUUCUCGCUCAAUUGCCAAAUCUGCUAUUCCUACAGCUGAACAAAGCAUACCAGGGAAAAGUAAUGAGAUGCUGCUGUCCAAGCUUUCGAAAUCUGAAAAUAUUUAUCAUAACUGAACUUGAGAAACUGGAAGAAUGGGAUGUUGAUAUAGGAGCCAUGCCAUGUGUCUUGGAAGUGUGGAUCAUGUUAUGUGAAAAUUUAGCGACAGUUCCUACUGGGUUGCAGUCUCUUGCUACAUUGCAGAGACUGAGAUUAGUGGGCAUGACAAGCUCGUUUAUUGAUAGAUUGGGAGAACAUGGUGAAGAUUUUGUUAGGAUCAAACACAUCCCAUCUAUCCAGAUCAUUCAACAGUUCGGGUAACAGUGAAAUUUUGCAGCAACUAUAUUAUUUUCCAUUGUUAAGUCAAAGCUUGUAGGACUUCGAAAAUACUGAUAUUGUACAAUGAAAACCUUCAUUUUAUUUUUCUUAUUUUCAUGGGUCCAAGUGUAUAUUUUGGCAAGUAUGUUAUGCAGUCACUAAGUUACCGCUUGCUCUGAUUUCAGAAUUAGAGUUGCUAUUACAGGGUUU